GGACAGUGACCUGCACGCGGUUAAGGAGCAGUGCAGCAGUUACACCUUCAUCCCGUAUGUAGUAUCACCUCAGGGAAAAGUGUUUGUCUGUGAUGCCACCAUCAUGACGGGAAUCCAAGAGCUCAUGCAGCCCACUUUCCAACUGGAGCCUCUCCUCACUCCUCUGGUAGAGAGACUGGUCCACCUGCUCAACACUGUGCAAGUCCAGUCCAGUGAGUACUUCCGGGAGUCCAUCCGACAUGACAUCCGGAUGGCCAGGGAGCGAUUACGAGGACAGGCCCUGAGCGAGGAGCUGAAGAGGAUCGAGGCUCGUCUGGACAGUGUGGACCUGCUUACACCUGAUAUCGUCAUGAACCUGCUGCUGUCCUACAGAGACAUCCAGGACUACAGUUCCAUGAUCAAUCUGGUGGAGACCUUGAACAACCUGCCCAUGUGCCUCGUAGCAAGACACCAGAACCCAUUAAACAGCUCUACCUUGCAUUUAUUCAAUUACAGGAUGCCUGAUGAGUCUCCUGGAGACCUGACCAGUCCCUGCCCCACAGGGGAGAGCGUGGGUCUGUUCAUGCUGAGGAAGGACAGUGAGAGGAGGGCCACCCUGUACAGGGUCCUGACCGACUACAUCAGCCUGGUGGUCAGCAACGUCCAGGAGUCCAGCCCAGAGGAUGGGGAUGGGUCCUGCCUCUCUGACGAAGACAUUACAGAACUCAUUAUCUGCUUGCGAAACAACAUCCGCUCCCCAGACAAGAAACAGCUGACCAUGAGUCUCCUGAACCUGCGGAAAAGGCUGCUCUCUGAAAAAGUACCCCUGAACAGCCUGCAGGUGGUGCUCUUCAGCUUCCAGGAUGCAGUGAAGAAAGUCUUGAGACAGCAGCAGGUGAAGCCCCAUUGGAUGUUUGCUUUGGAUAAUCUGCUGAGGCAAGCUGUACAGGAUGCCAUAACAGUUCUUCUUCCAGAGCUCAAGCUUCAGUUGCAGUCUUCCUUUGAGGUCGAAGACUGCAGUCCCGAGGAGCAGCCAGCAGAUUUGGAUACGCCUGUAAAUGUCCCAGAACCACAGGGACGUUUACAGUUUGACAACCAGCCCACAGCAACAUUUAAUCAGAUCCCAAGCCCUCCUUCAGACCCAAACUGUCCCCUCAGCGAAUCCUUGAGAGAGCUGCGAUUAGAGACAAGCAGACUGCUGAGGCAGCUGAGUGAGAAGGAGAGGGAGUACCAGGACUUACUGAGAAAGUCCCUCCAGAGGAAACAGCAGCAGAUAGAUGCACUCAAGAACUCAAGAAACACCAGCACUGAUGAAAUUUCCUGUCCUCAAAACAGCUCUACUCCUGAGGCUAGGGCUAUGGCACGCUGGCUCAAGUCUGUCCCUGUAGAUAAAGACACCAUUGACAAGCUCCUGUCCCAUGAGUUCACCUUGGAUAUUCUGUUUGCUGUGGCCUGCAGGGAUGAUCUGAUGUACUGUGGGAUAAGCACGAAAUAACAAGAAGAGGAAAGCAGAUGAUGACGAGCCUGCUCAAGCCCCCAGACUGACAUCAAAACAG